CUGCGGGAGGCGUUGGCUCUGCGCUGCUCGUAUGCGUUCUUAAAAAAACAAAUUGCCUGCAAUGCUGUUGUAGAGAAGGGCGGGGUUGCAUCUGGGUCUGCGCGCUACAAGCUUUAACCCACCCUAACCAAGUCGAGCUAGUCAAAGUCAACAAAGUCGUCGUCGCAUCUGUUACGAUAUGGGUUCGCCGUUACUAAGAGACGGUGGCGAUUUGCUGCAGCAAGUAAGCGCUGACAAUCUUGAGUUGCUAGAACAGAUUGGCCUAUUCUUGUCCCUGGAGAAAGUCGAAAAUGCGGAUAAGUUCUACAAAACGGUGGUCGGUGCCAGACUCCUCCAACACCUCUGGAAGAAGCUGACCAGAGAAGAAGAGAUUGAAGCGUAUAGGAACGAAGCCGUGCUCGCCAUAGCGGAAUUUGUCAAGAAGAACCCACGAGCCACGGAAGAGCAAAUCCUCAAAGAGGUACAGACCCAGAUAGAUGCUUUCGUUCAGAAGAUCCAGUAACUGACGUGGGAGUGCUGCUUUUUCCACUGUGAUCCCCCCCUGCCUUCCCUCCCCUAAUACUGCAGAGUUUUUUUUUUUCUUUCUAUAAUGCUGCCGUUUGUUCUGUUGCUCAGUUUGAACUUGGGAACAAAUGAAACACACACAUACAGAACGAAAUGAUUGCAUAGGUUUUUAUUCUCAGUGUUCCAAAAACCAUCACGACACACAGACCUUUUGCAUACACGAUUUGAUUCAGUGAAAGAUCCCAAACUUGUUUCAAAGUCAGCUGCAGAUUUCUUGGAAAGUCUCAAGCAAAGUUACAAGUUACAAAAAUAUUGUGAGCUUUUAAUGUAAAUCAUCGCUGACAAAAUGAAGAUGCCUAAACAAAUUUGGCAGAACUUUAUCUGACUGGCCAAUCUAUUAAUUACUGCUAUGCUAAUCUAGUUAGUCAUGAUGCCAAUCAAUAUCGUCCGUAUUGGUCACCAGAACGCCUAAUGUUUUCGUGACGCAAAUUUUACAGAUAGCGCAGCUUGUGGACUUCAAAUAACCUCUGAGAAAUAGAAAAACAAAUGGAAGUGUAAAAAUCUGCAGCUUACUUUGUAAGGCACUGUCCUCGUUACACACAUAAAACUGUUUGUGCGCUACCUUCGUGAUGCCGUUUCUUAAGUAUAGUAUCUAUCUCGAAAUG